AUGGAAAUGGAAAUGGAAAUGGAAAUGGAAAUGGAAAUGGAAAUGGAAAUGGAAAUGGAAAUGGAAAUGGAAAUGGAAAUGGAAAUGGAAAUGGAAAUGGAAAUGGAAAUGGAAAUGGAAAUGGAAAUGGAAAUGGAAAUGCAAAUGGAAAUGGAAAUGGAAAUGGAAAUGGAAAUGGAAAUGGAAAUGGAAAUGGAAAUAGAAAUAUCUUUAUUAGUUCAAAAAAGAUUGUAUAACAAUAACAGAGAACACGUGGGAGAGAAAUUUAGAAGUAGAUCUCUUAGAUUUCCUGCAUUAUUAUCAGGCUGUACGAUUGACUGGUUUCAACCUUGGCCAAAAGACGCUCUUGUAUUAGUGGCGAAACACUUUUUGUACGAUUUUGAAAUAGCUUGUACUGAAAAAGUUAAGGAUGAAUUGGUAAUUGCAUUGGGCUCUAUACAAGAUAUUGUUUCUAAAAAAUCAAACGAAUAUUUUCAGAGGUAA